AACACAGUAGCAAGCCUCAUAAGCUGCUGUCCGUGUGUUGGUACUGAUAAAGUUGAUUGCGAGGGGCGGAGAUGACGUAGCGGGGUUGGCAUGGCGGCUGCUGGUGGUGAAGAAGUGUGCCUAAGACAGUAGUGCAUCUUCUGCUAGGAUUAAAAAUUGGAAGACAAUGACUUCGUACAAACCAACUGUGAUUCAGAGCUACCCGAAAUUUGGAAAGAAGGUCACUAGAGACACGUUAUACUGGAAAAAUUAUAAGGCUCCAGUUCAAAUAAAAGAGUUUGGUGCUGUGACAAGCAUAGAUUUUUCUCCAAUUGCUCCCUACAACUAUGCAAUAACUGCUUCCACAAGGAUCCACAUAUAUGGUCGAUAUUCUCAAGAACCCAUAAAAACGUUCUCCCGAUUUAAGGACACAGCAUAUUGUGGUACGUACAGAGAUGACGGGAAGCUGCUCGUUGCAGGCAGCGAGGAUGGCAUUGUUCGCCUUUUUGAUGUUGGUGGCCGAGCAGCACUCAGACAGUACAGUGGACACACGAAAGCAGUUCAAGUCACUGCGUUCACAUCUGAUAACUACCGCUUGAUGUCUGGAUCAGAUGAUUAUUCAGUCCGGCUUUGGGAUAUUCCAAGCUCAACAGAACUUCACUGCUUUAAAGAGCAUACUGAUUAUAUACGGUGUGGCUGCACCAGCAAUUUGAAUGCAGACCUGUUUGUUACAGGUUCUUAUGAUCAUACAGUGAAGGUAUUUGAUGCCCGAAUGGAUAAAAGUGUGAUAACUAUGGAACAUGGGCAACCAGUAGAGAGUGUAUUGCUUUUUCCAUCAGGUGGACUUCUGGUAUCAGCAGGUGGCCGGUAUGUAAAAGUCUGGGAUAUGUUGAAAGGAGGACAGCUGCUGGUUUCAUUACGAAACCACCACAAGACUGUCACCUGUCUAUGCCUGAGCAGCUCAGGACAGAGGUUGCUCUCAGGCUCUCUUGACAGGCAUGUCAAAAUCUAUAGUACAUCCACGUACAAAGUAGUCCACAGUUUGGAUUAUGCAGCAGCCAUUCUGAGCUUGGCUUUAGCACCUGAAGAUGAAGCCAUUGUUGUAGGAAUGACUAACAGUGUCUUGAAUAUCCGGCAUCGGAAACGCAAUGAAAAGAAGCUUGAAGUUGCAAAUAAGAAGAGGGGACCAUCCUACAGAUACUUUGUAAAAGGAAAAGAUUACAUGCCAAAAAAGGAUGAUCUUUUGGUCAGUAAGCCAGUGAAGUUGCACCUGAAGAAGUAUGACAAGCUGUUGAAAAGUUUCCAAGUGUCCCUCGCACUUGAUGCUGUAUUGGAGACAAAAGUCAGGAUGAAGACGCCGGAGAUUACCACAGGAGUUAUGCAAGAACUUAACCGCCGAGGGACGCUUCAAAAUGCACUUGCAGGAAGAGAUGAAAAACAACUUAGCACUCUCCUUAGCUUCCUUAUCAGGAAUGUUGUUGAUCCAAGGUUUACAUCUGUUCUAAUAAAUGUUGCAGAGAUUAUUAUUGAUAUUUAUAGUUCUGUGAUUGGUGAGUCAUCAGUGGUUGACAACCAGUUCCUGAAGCUGCAAGACCUCGUGGAGAAAGAAAUUGAUUAUCAGGAAGAACUGCUUGAAGUCCUUGGAAUGAUGGAUACAAUUUUUGCUACCAUGACGACCAAAAAGGAAGCUGUUGUUUCUGGAAGUCAAAACUGUACCUUAAUUGCUAGACCUGAGCAGGAGGAACCAAUGGCAGUUGCCUAAAGUCACACACCACUUUACUGACAUUGAAACUGGAUUAGGCACAUUUGCAUAUAAAUCUAUCCUGAUAUAGUCCCCAAUGAAUUGAAGGUGAACAUUAUAAUUGGCUAAUGGAGCAUUUACCUACUCAUUUGCUAUUCUGUUAUAGCCAAAGACAAAGUUGUUCCUAUUUGGGGUGAUGCAAAAAGUGCAGGAUAUGUGAAAUUCUAUAUGACCGAGGUUAUUUGGAGAAUAAAUACUGUGAUAUUGUACAUGUUCAGGAGGUAAAGAAUAUUUUCCAAUUGUCAGAGUUUGCCAUCAAAAUCGCACCACACUUAGUGAUGGACAGAAAAAGAGACAAUUCUGUAAAAUUGAUCUUUUAGUUCAGAUUCUUGUAUUUAAUAUCAAGAAAAUUAAAUAUCUAUCAUGGUGGAGCAGUAAAGUUUUUAGCUUCAGUAUGCUGUAGAUUAACCUGGAGCUUUCACAGUGCAGCAUUCCUGUUUAACUACCUCCCACAGGAAGACAGACCUCAUUUUGUACGUUAUUUAUACUGAACUUGUCACAAGAAGAAAAAAACAUUUUAAAACCAAUCUUUUAAAACCAGAGUAGGAAGUUGACAAUGUUUGUCACAAGGUGAAUGUUGUUUAUUAAUGUAUCCAAUCUACAUUGCCAGCUCAGUGGAAGCAUAUUUGUUGCCAUGGCACUGGACCAUAAAGGUCAGGAAAAUUGCAGGAUAUGUCUUAAGAUAGCCAAUGUUAGUAAAGUGAUGGGAAAACUACAAUUGGCUUCACCCUCCCUGGGUGAGGAAGAGAAACACGUAUCCAUUGUUCUCACUCCUAUUUAAUAUCCAUUAACUGCUGCUGAAGUGAAUAUUUGGUGAGGUGAUUCAACUUUCCUGUGAUCCCCCCUGUUGGCACUUAUUGCCCAGAACAACAUUUAGAUGAGUCACUCAUUAAAGGAACUUGUGCUACUUUCAUAAUAGAGGGAAGAAAAUGGGAAGGUAACUUUGGGAAGGAUAAAAAUUAACAUUAGCUAUUGAAAAAAGUAAGCAUAGUGACCCAAUUCUAAAUGUAGAGUUGUUUUAUACAGUGGGAGGAUUAUUUGUCAGAAAGUUGACCUUGCAUAUAAUUUUAUCUUGAGAGUAUCUUAGUUGCUAUAUUAUGAAUAAGUUGUUACAGAAUUUUCACACCACCUGAAAAUGCUCUGCACGAGGAGAAUUAGAAACAAGGAUCAGCAGUCAUUAUGAACAGAAUCUUAAUGAGUUCAACAUUAGGUCACUAAAGGCUGUUCUCAUUUAAGUUUUAAGGAAUUAACUGUCAUUGAUAAAGUUCAGUCAGAUUGUAAAGGCUUUGAUCACAUCAAGCUGCCCGGUGCAGACAUUUAGAUUUUAAUUUGUUUUGCAGUUUAAAAAAAAUGUAGCGCUGGCAACUGAGCAUGUGACUCAUCACAGUCAAUAUUGAUCGAUGGAAGCAUUGAUUCAGAAAGGGCUUUUUAAUGUAUGUGAUUUAAAUCUGUCCUUGGCAACACAAGCAAUAAUUACACCUUAUCAGGGGCUAAUUGUGGUCUUGGUUACACAGCAUGUCAGUGGAUUUGUGAUCAUCUUGCCAAAAAUUGAGUAUUGAAUUGUAACCCAGGUAAUGAAAUCUUGAUGAUCUGUGGUUGUCUGAAGGUACUUCUGAGGGAGAGGAAAUCCGCAGUCAGAGGUGGCUCAUGUCGUUCUAAUAGUACCCAGUACUGAGGGGUAGAGAACCAGGACCCGUUGCCCUCCCACUCAGCAACACAAUUAGUGAGUAGAGAAAUUAAAAUAAAUGCCUACAGUCAGCAACUGCUUUGUAAAACAAUUGUCAUAACAUUGUGGAAUCCUUCAGUGUGAGUUUCAAAUGGUGUGCAACAGUGUUAGAUCCAGCAAAUGUCAAAAUAUUCAACCGAUGCUUUUUCUAAAGCGUGGUUUAUUUAAAAAUAAAAAAAAUGACCAUUGGUUCAGUAAA